AUGGCAGUUCCUCCUCACGCUGCUUUGAUCUAUGUACUCCUGGGGAUCUGCUUCUUGCAGCCUACGACGGUCAGCGCAAUGGAGCGAAUCCAGCUCAACGACAAGGACAUGCCUAGCUGGAGGUCAGGGAGGCGGCAGAAGACGAUUCGUUUCGGAAACCCUGGCCAAAACCGACGCAUGAUGAAAGCCCUAGCAAGUCAGGGGCAGGACAGGCGCCUCCAUCGAAGAAGGUCGCAACGAGGAAAUAUUUUUGCCAACAGCAGUGCACGACGAAAUGGCAAAGGAAGAGGACGGUCGGGACGGAACUACAACACCGUAUCGAACUACUAUUGGAGCAGAAGUUCCAAGAGCAGGAGCAGUCAAGGAGACAGGGUGGGUCGUAUGUACUACUUAGUGACGCGACCUGUCUACAAGGGGACUGGCAUUGGACGAUUUCCACCUGGUUGGAGGCCAAACAUGAUAAGACCUCCAGCUCCACGUCCAACGGGGCUCCCUACGAGACCUCCACACCCAAAUACGUUUGCCCCCGCUGAAACACCAGAGCCACUAGUAACACACCCUCCUGUUAUCACCCCUGGACCAACAUUGGUAGCUACUCCCGCGGCAACGAGUCCCAACUCCUCGCCAGUGCCCACGAGCCCAGGAACACCCACUGCAACCACGACACUCCCGGCCACAACUACCAACCCAUCCAACACAACGAUCACACCAGCCACCGCGCCCACAACUCCUCCUACCACAGACUUUUCCUUUCGGACCAACAUGGGCUUGACCUACUUUUCAGACCAGCCAGAAGAUGUUGACCGAGAUCUAACCGCAGCCGAAUUCGCCGAGUUACAGAUUCUGAUUGGGGAGUUCUACACGGACCUCUUUCAGGCUGACCCAGUUUUUGCGACAAACUUCCGAUCGUACACUCCUAUCACUACGAGCAAGACGUAUACGGCAGGAGCUGUCUUCCCACCAGGAGAGCCACCGAGCAUUGCCCUUUUGUUCGACUCCAACUUUGUCUUUGCUCCGGGGACAGCUAUCACCGAUGUUCAGGUUCUACAGAAAAUGCUGGACGCGGACUACGAAGGUUUCAUCACGAACUACCUAAGAAGAGCUUCCGGUGCAACGAACCAGCUAGACCUAGUUCAGCAAGUGUCCUUCAACGGAGUGACUGGGGCCACAGUGUGAAUGUAGCAAUGAAUUAUAGUUUCCCUGCAGCCAAGGUUGCCAGAAGGACCAAUGCUCGAAAUAGCGAGAAUAGGCCAUCCCGAGGGAGCUGUGUGGUUGAGAUAUCAGGAAUAGAACAGGUUGGGAGGGCUGGAAAUCACGAUUUACUUUCUUGCCCCUGAUCCCACAGAACCUAGUCCUGAAUUUCGACUGUUCUUUGCUUAAAAUUUCGUUAGGCCGUAGACACGCACAAACACACGCACAACAUAUCUGAAAGAAGAUGUCCAUGAUGCACCUUCAGCGUUGUAA